AUGGAGAUGCGUCCGGCCUCCACAGGCUCCAUCAAAGACACCCUCUGCCGUUCCCCUGAGGGGCAAUAUCGCGUCGUAGGCCCGAUUGACGUAGAAGCUGAGAAGGAGACUACGAUCCGUCUCCGCGCACUCAUGGGAUUCGCGGCUGGAAAAAAGCCAACUCAGCAUUCAUGA